AGGUGGGGAGAGAAUCACUUCCGAGAGCGGCGACCCAGGGUGUCUCAGCUGGAUUUUUCCAUUCAGUCGGGAGGCUCCGUCAACCGCCUAGCGCAGCGGAACUACAACUCCCAGCAUCGUAGUAGCUGCCCGGACUUCCGGAAGCCAAGGCCCGGCGGGGAGGAAGCAGCCGAGACCCGGCCAAAAGGGCCGGGUGUUAAUUUAGCACGAAAAAAGGGGGCGGGAAGGGCUGUAGGGUUAGCCUGUCAGUUGGCAACCAUGAACGUGGUUUUUGCUGUGAAGCAGUACGUUUCCAAAAUGAUAGAGGACAGCGGACCGGGUAUGAAAGUACUUCUCAUGGAUAAAGAGACGACUGGCAUAGUGAGUAUGGUAUACACACAAUCAGAGAUUCUUCAGAAGGAAGUGUACCUUUUUGAACGCAUUGAUUCUCAAAAUCGAGAGGUCAUGAAACACCUGAAAGCAAUUUGUUUUCUUCGCCCUACCAAGGAGAAUGUGGGUUAUCUGAUUCAAGAGCUCCGGAGACCAAAAUACAGUAUAUAUUUUAUUUAUUUCAGUAAUGUGAUCAGCAAGAGUGAUGUGAAGUCAUUAGCUGAAGCUGAUGAACAGGAAGUUGUGGCUGAGGUUCAGGAAUUUUAUGGUGAUUAUAUUGCUGUGAAUCCACAUUUGUUUUCCCUCAAUAUCUUGGGUUGCUGCCAGGGUCGAAAUUGGGAUCCAGCCCAGCUAUCCAGAACAACUCAAGGACUGACAGCUCUCCUUUUAUCUCUGAAGAAAUGUCCCAUGAUUCGUUACCAGCUUUCAUCAGAGGCAGCAAAGAGACUUGCAGAAUGUGUUAAGCAAGUGAUAACUAAAGAAUAUGAACUGUUUGAAUUCCGGCGGACUGAGGUUCCUCCAUUGCUGCUUAUUUUAGAUCGUUGUGAUGAUGCCAUCACCCCGUUGCUAAACCAGUGGACAUAUCAGGCCAUGGUCCAUGAACUACUGGGCAUAAACAACAAUCGGAUUGAUCUUUCCAGAGUGCCGGGGAUCAGUAAAGACUUAAGAGAGGUGGUCCUAUCUGCUGAAAACGAUGAAUUCUAUGCUAACAAUAUGUACCUGAACUUCGCUGAGAUUGGUAGCAAUAUAAAGAAUCUCAUGGAAGACUUUCAGAAGAAGAAACCAAAAGAACAGCAAAAACUAGAAUCAAUAGCAGACAUGAAGGCCUUUGUUGAGAAUUACCCACAGUUUAAGAAGAUGUCUGGGACUGUGUCAAAGCAUGUGACAGUGGUUGGAGAGCUGUCUCGGUUGGUCAGUGAGCGGAAUCUGCUGGAGGUUUCAGAAGUUGAGCAAGAACUGGCCUGUCAAAAUGACCAUUCUAGUGCUCUCCAGAACGUAAAGAGGCUCCUGCAGAACCCCAAAGUGACAGAGUUUGAUGCUGCCCGCCUGGUGAUGCUUUAUGCUCUACAUUAUGAGCGACACAGCAGCAAUAGUCUACCAGGACUAAUGAUGGACCUCAGGAAUAAAGGUGUUUCUGAGAAGUAUCGAAAGCUUGUGUCUGCAGUAGUUGAAUACGGUGGUAAACGGGUCAGAGGAAGUGACCUCUUCAGCCCCAAAGAUGCUGUGGCUAUUACCAAGCAGUUCCUCAAAGGAUUGAAGGGAGUAGAAAAUGUGUAUACUCAACAUCAGCCGUUCCUACAUGAGACCCUGGACCAUCUCAUCAAAGGCAAGCUUAAGGAAAAUGUGUACCCUUAUCUAGGCCCCAGCACACUCAGAGACAGACCUCAGGAUAUCAUUGUGUUUAUAAUUGGAGGAGCCACAUAUGAAGAGGCUCUAACAGUUUAUAACCUGAACCGUACCACUCCUGGAGUAAGGAUUGUUCUGGGAGGAACCACAGUGCAUAACACGAAAAGUUUCCUAGAGGAAGUUCUGGCUUCUGGACUGCACAGCCGAAGCAGGGAGAGCUCUCAGGUGACAUCGAGGUCAGCGAGCAGAAGAUAAGAUGGUGACAGCGAGGUGAAGAGAAUGGCGUGACUCCCCCCCUGGCGUCGCCACAGGUUUUCCCCGCUGACCACAGGUGUUGAAGAAGAGCCUUGGGUUUUGUGCUUGUCGUUCUAACCCAACUCCAAGUAGUCUGCUCAUUCGUGGACGGUUGACACAGACACCAAGACUCCCAGUGAUGAGCUGAGAAUAAGUCUGUGCCCCAGCCCACUUCUCUCGUGGUUUUCUUAUCAGAUAAACAAAGGUAUUCCUUGUAUUUGACAGCACAAUCACUUCAGUUUCUGAUGAAUUUUGUUGGGAUCUUACUUGAGAAAUGGGUUAUCAGAGCUCAGAGGGGUUUAAAAAAUAAUCAUUUGAUGUUCACGCUAUGCAUACUCUCUUCUCUUGACCCCUUUUACUUUUCAUUAACCACAUUCCUACACACUUCAUUUUUUUGAAAACUCAUCAUGUUUCUGUAAAGAACCAUCCAAAAAUUGUUCCUACACUGCAGUUUUCUGUGGCACUGAGAAACCAUGUAUGACUACAAUAAAAAUCCAUUUUGUGGAAAGA